AUGCAGCAUUUUAUUAUGCUUCAUUUUUAUCUUGCUUUGUUAUGCUUUGCCAAUAUUAUUGCUUGCAUUUUUUUAGAUGAUAUCUUAUCUUUUCAAAAUUUUCAAAAGGAAACUGAGGGAAUAAAUCAAAUACAACCCGAUCAGGUUAUGCUGAGGUUAUGUAAUGCACCAAUCUCAAAGAUAGAAUGUGGCGCACAAGUAUUUACAAUAAGACACUUAGUUAAAUUUGUUAACUGGCCCGGCAACUUAAAGAAGUCUAAAAGCAAUGACAAAAGAGGGCCUUCAGAAGAGACCCGAGCUGAGUACCGCCGACUCUAUCGUUCCUUGCUCAAGUUUGGUGAGGAAGGCGCCAUGAUGGGGCGUUGUCUUUCUGUUCACACCCCCUUACAAUGUUUAUCUUAUGGAAAGCGAUUAGAAAGACUCCAUCAUGCUCUUAACCUGACUUCUGUUCACUCUCGACACAUCUCAAUACUAUUUCACCCUGUUCAAUUCCUCCAAUUAACCUUCCAAAGAUAUUUCUGCCGAUGGAAUAUUGGCCUUUUAAGGCUGUAUCUACGCAUUUGGAAUAUCCUUAGUGACACACUUGUGUGUGUACUUUUUGUAACGCUAUUUAUUCUUCUCUGGACAAUUGUACGCCUUUGUAACGUUAUACUGGCUCGAUUACCUGCGUAACCCUUCAUUUGUGUUCACCCGAUUCUAUGGGGAAUUGAGGAAUAGAUGACUAGUUCGAUGUACUUAUGAUAGGGGUAUGUGAACAUGGUAAAUGACUGUAAUCAAAAGCAUUAAACGUUCAUAUAAAGAUUGUACAUUUUUUUGUUAGUAAAAAACAUAUUCCUAUAAGAAUAAUAAAGUAUGAUGUUUCUUAUUUAUGUUUGGCUACAGUAUUUUGUUGACCACCCGAGAUUACCCAUGAUGUCUGACUCGGUUCCUUGGAAUAACUCGAAAACUGGGAAAAAACGCUAAACUGAGUUAUUUGGGUUUACACAAUUACAUUCAAC